UCGAUACCACCAUUUUAAAUCAAUUUGCGCCAACAAUCAAACAUUCAACACGAUGGGCUCGUUCUGUAAGGUUCUUUUUGGUGUGGUGCUCGUGGUUUUGGUUUCUUCGUCGCAGCUAACGGUUGCGCAAGGUCCAGAGUUGCAAUGUGAUCUUCCGAGACCCCUGCGUAGGGAAAUUCAGAGCUAUCAACCGGUGGUCAAUCAUAUAUUUGAGCAAAUAGUAUCGGGUGAGUUUGCAGGCAAAACAUGGGGCAGCUUGCUGGAGUUUACGGAUGCGUUCGGACCCCGGCUGACCGGGAGCAAGCAGUUGGAAGAUGCGAUCGAUUUUGCAGUGGCACGUAUGAAGGAUGAAGGACUCGAGAAUGUACACACCGAGGAAGCUAUUGUACCGCACUGGGUUCGCGGUCGCGAAUGGGCCGAGUUAGUCCAGCCGAUUCGUAAGGUUCUGCCUAUGCUUGGUCUUGGGCUUUCUGUUGGUACUCCUCCUGAGGGCAUCGUGGCUGAGGUGAUUGCAGUGGAAUCCUUCGAAGAGUUCGAAAAGCUGUCCAAUCGCUAUGUUCGAGGAAAGAUCGUUGUAUUUGCACCAGAAUGGACCGGCUACGGGCCUACGGGACGUUAUCGCUACGAGUCCGCUUCAACGGCCGCCAAAAAGGGAGCAGCCGCCGUACUUAUCCGAUCGAUGACCCCCUUUUCCAUCGGAACACCACACACAGGAACUCUUCGAUACGAGGAGGGUGUUAGAAAGAUACCAGCGGCUGCUAUCACCGUGGAGGAUGCUAUGUUCCUGUUGCGUAAAUAUCGUCGUGGGGAUCGUAUGUCGAUUCAUCUGAAAAUGGAUGCAACCAAUUUAGAUCCUACCAUUUCGCGAAAUGCCGUUGGUGAACUGCAGGGCUCAGUGUACAAAAAUACCUCCGUGGUUGUCGUUUCCGGCCAUAUGGACAGCUGGGACGUUGGAACCGGGGCUUCAGAUGAUGCUGGAGGUGUAUUCAUUUCGUGGAAAGCCAUCACUUUUCUGAAAGCGAUGGGAUUGCGUCCAAGGCGUACGAUAAGAGCAGUCUACUGGACGGCAGAGGAGCAAGGACUGUUGGGAGUGAGUGCUUACGAGCGGCAGCAUGCAGCGGAUGAAAAGGAAGAGUUUAACGUAUUUUUCGAAUCCGAUUCCGGUACAUUCGAACCCUUGGGACUAGACUUUUCCGGCAACAAUGAAGCUCAAUGCAUUUUUGCAGAGAUAGCAAAGCUUAUGAAGGUUUUUGAGCAAUUUACCUACACUACCGGCGUUGUCAGUUCUGAUAUCGGGAAUUGGUUGGAACGCGGAUAUCCGGGCGUUUCACUUCGUAACAGAAACGACAAUUACUUCUGGUACCAUCACAGCCAGGGGGAUACCAUUGAGCUGGAAGAUCCAGCAGAUUUGGAUAGAAGCACCGCAUUAUGGGCAGCUACGGCCUACGUGAUCGCUGAUUUGAGCAUCGAUAUUCCGAAGGAUGUAACUGAUUACAUCACAUUGAAGGAUGUAACCGGUUGA